AUGGGCUGCUUCGUUAGUAAAGACAAACUUACUAAGGAGGACAUGGAUUUCCUCAAAACUCAUACAUCUUACGAUGAGACUACUAUCAAGGAGUGGUACAAGGGGUUCAAGCAAGAUUGCCCCAACGGGAGGUUGACUCCUGCGAAAUUCGUCGACAUGUACAAGAUGUUCUUCCCAUCGGGUAACGCUGUGGAGUUUUGUGACCAUGUUUUCCGCACCUUCGACAUGGAUAGGAACGGCUACAUCGAUUUCAAGGAGUUUCUGCAGGCGAUCCAUGUGACUUCCAGCGGCACACCCGAGGAGAAACUUAAAUGGGCUUUCCGUAUGUACGACGUCGAUGGCAACGGUGUCAUUGAUAUACAGGAGAUGACUAAAAUAGUGCAGGCCAUAUACGAUAUGCUGGGCGCCUGCUCUAGCAACAGGCCUGCUGACUCCGCUGAAGAACGCGCGAAGAACAUUUUCGCGAAGAUGGACGAGAACAAUGACGGGCAAUUGACCCAGGAGGAGUUUCUCAAGGGGUGCCUUCAGGACGAAGAGCUGUCAAAGAUGCUGGCCCCC